UGUAAGGAAAUGCUCUGUUUCCUGAACUCUCCCUGAGUUUCCUCCCAGUAGAGGAGUUCCCUGCCUCGGGAUGGACUGUUUAGAUGAGACUUUAUAGAAGAUCCUCUUCAGCCAGGACUGCAGAACACUAACCCAGACACAAUGUUCUGCCAUGUUAGACUGCACCUGCCUCUGCAGAGACUCUGGCUGGCACAGAUGCGUUUGAGGAACAGAUGCUGAGGAGACCCAUCGCAGCGGAGACGAUGCUAUGGCUGUGCCCACUGAAUCGGUCACUGAAGUGACGGCUCUGCAGAUUCCCUCUCAGCCUGAGGAACGGCACAGGAAGCUGAUCGUUUUGGCAACGGGACCCAUUCUCCUCAAAACGGACCACCUGCCGUCUCCUGUGGGUCCUGCGUCUUCUCAAGGCUGCGGCAGGAAUUCGGGCGGGGCGCAUGGCUGCUGGGGCUUGGAGGUGAAGGUAGCCAUUGUGCUGGUGGCUCUGGCUGGGCUUCUUAUCUUGGCUCUUUUCUAUCGUAUCCUGAUUCUUAGACACAGGCUGCGCGUGGCCGAGGCCAGGAACGCUCUGGAAUACUCGGGAUUUUACCACAUGGCUCAAUAUAGCCUUAAAGAACUCGACCUGCCACCGGUUACGCCCCCUGUGGUGACUGCACUCAUCACACAGCAGCCGCCUACACCUUCUGAAGCUCCUUCACCACCACCUCCAGACAUCGCUUCCCCAUCUCCUCCUCUUCCUCCUGCAGAGAUCGUUCCUCCAGUCCUUCCUCUCCCUCCACCUCCACCUCCACUUCCACCCAUGCCACCUCCCUCUCACCCCAUCAUCUUCACCACCCCGCCCAGCCCUCACUCAGACGUGGAGAUCUACUCCCGCAUCGGCGCCCUGCGGCCCUCCAGACUCUCCAACCUGAGUCAGACGCAGGUGGUCCUCUUUGAACACUCCUCUCUGUGACCUCUUGGGAGAUCACUUUCACCAUUAGAGCUGCUAUUUUUAUUUUACAGCAGCUCUACAGCAUCAGCUUCGUCCUUCUCUCCUUGUCUCUUUGUCUCCUUGUCUGCGAGAGAAAGGGCUUCCUGUAAUUAAUUGAUAUGUUCCUUUUCUUUCCUAACAUACACUCACUGCCUUGCCUUGCAAACUCUGUUGCAGUGUCACAAGAUUUACGUAUUUCAAUCCAGUGUUGCAUUAAUUCAUUCAUUUUUCACUAAAAUCUUGCAGCAGCAUUGAUUCUGGUAGAGUCUGACCACUGCACAAAGCAGCUCUUCUCCAUCCAGCACAUCCCAAAGAUUCUCAAUGAGGUUAAGAUCUGGACUCUGUGGUGAGCUCUCUCAAUCCAUGUGUGAAAAUGAUGAUCUCAUGCUCCCUGAACCCUGAACUCUUUCACAAUUCCAGCAACAUGAAUCCUGACAUUGUCUUAUAUUGGAAUAUGGCCGUGUGUAUCAUCAGAGAAGAAAUAUAAAAUCCACUGAUGGAAUAACCUGGUCUAUAUUCAGUAUAUUCAGGUAGUCAGCUGACCUCAUUCUUUCAGCACAUACUGUUGCUGAACCUAAACCUGCAGACCAACUGCAGCAUCAACCAACCAAAACAUCAUUUACUUACUUAAAUCCAGGUGGAGACUUUUAUUUUGGGGGUAGGCAGGGUAUAAUUUUUGUGUUAUCUAAAGCCUGGGACACACGCUGAUGCAACCAAACUGAUGUAACAGUGCAUUUCACAGUACACAGCACGUAAAUCUUUCCUAUUGGCUCCUGGCUUCAUUUAUUCAUAUAUUUAUAUAUUCUUCAAAUGUUCACUUACCAUCAGUGUGUAGUUUUUCCUACUGCGGCUACCUUCAUUUUUAAUAUGUAAAUACCUUCUUUUAUACACUGCCUGGCCACAGUGUUGUAGGUCAUAAGAGCAAGUUACCAUUUCCAUUUCUGCAAUAUGUGUGACUUUCAGUGCUGUCUCAGCUGUUACAUUUUUUUUAAACAGCUCUGGCAAAAAAAUAAGAGACCUCCUCUUCAGUUUCUGAAUCAGUUUCUCUGAUUUUGCUAUUUAUAUGUUUAUGUUUGAGUAAAAUGAACAUUGUUGUUUUAUUCUAUAAAGUACAGACAACAUUUCUCCCAAAUUCCAAAUAAAAAUAUUCUCAUUUAGAGCAUUUAUUUGCAGAAAAUUAGAAAAGAUUAGAGUUUUCAGAUCUCAAAUAGUGCAAAGAAAACAACUUCAGAAAUCAAUAUUUGGUGAAAUAACCCUGGUUUUUAAUCAGUUUUUAUGAAUCGUGGCAUGUUUUAGUUCUCCUCCACCAGUCUUACACACUGCUUUUGGAUAACUUUAUGCUGCUUUACUCCUGGUGCAAAAAUUCAAGCAGUUCAGUUUGGUGGUUUGAUGGCUUGUGAUCAUCCAUCUUUAUCUUGAUUAUAUUCCAGACCCAAUUUGGGAGUAAUGUUGUCUGUAGUUUAUAGAAUAAAACAACAAUGUUCGUUUUACUCAAACAUAAAACUAUAAAUAGCAAAAUCAGAGAAACUGAUUCAGAAACUGCAGUGGUCUCUUAAUUUUUUUUCAGAGCUGUAUAUGAGACUGUCAUAAAUGACAUAUAUGGCAAUGUUAAUUAAAAACAUCUAUGUUCAUAUAUGUGCGAACUAUAUAUGAACCCUAUUAGAAAUUGGAACAAAAUCAUUGAUUGACACAUAUGUUAGGCCCUAUAGAAUGUGUGUGAUUAUGUGUGAAAUACACUUUUUUUUUUUAAUAUAUAUGUCACACAUAUGUCAAGCCUAUGAAAAAUAUGUACAUUAAAGAUGUAAAAUACAUUACACUUACAAAUUUUAAAUUUAAUAUGUAAGUCUAAUGUACAUUAAUGCAUACAUACAAUAUAAUACCAUAUGAAUAUGAAUCCUGUAGAUAUGUGUAAUAUAUGUACAUACACACAUUGUAUAUAUAUUAUAUAUAUAUAUUUGUAUAAAAUUAUUUCUACAUAUAUACAGAAUAUAUAUGUAUGAGAUAAUAAUAUAUAAACUUAUAGGUAACAAAUAUGGAAACAGCAUUUUUGAUAGAGGCACAUACAUAUAUGUCAUAUAUUUCAUUUCUACGUUGGAUUAAAUAAUUUCUAACUGAAUCAAGGUUAAAAUCUGUAAAAAACAUAUUGUAUAUGGCAGGCUUAUCGCUGCAUUCUGAAUGUUUGUAGUGGUCUGGCAUUAAACAUCACAGUUAAACAUCACAUUUUAAUGAGCCUAAAUUACUAAUAUCUAUAAAACUACAUUAAAUCUACUGACAACAAUUACAGGAGAAUAUAACCCCUCUACUAUGGGCAGUUCAUUUAGUUUAAAUCAUCCACACUUACCAAUAAAUGUGCCUAAAGGGUUAUUUGAAGGAUUUCACAGAAAACCCCCCUUUAAUUCCCUGAAGAGCUUUUGAUUGAAUGGUUUCUUAACCCUUUAAUCCCUAAAGGCCUGCGUUUGUGCUGCUUCUUCAAUUUCUUGACCUGAAAAGGUAUGAAUUAUUAGUAGAAACAUAUUACUUUUAAAGCAGUUUCUGAAUAAUUUAUGUUACACCACUGAAAGGCAUUCUGUGUUCUGAUUGGCUGAAAGGCAUUCUGUGUUCCAGUACCAAUAUCUCCAUAUAACUGCACUCAAAAAUAUCAAUCAAUAAAUGCAUUAGCAAAAAUGUAAAAUUACAGGUAAACUCAGAUAAUGAAUGUUUUAAAUGUUUCAUUGCUGUUUUAAAACAUAACAAUAAAUAUUAUAUUUUACAGUGAGUUUGAUACCACUUGCUUAAAUCAAAACUGCUAAAUUUUACUCAACUAAAAGUAAGGGCAAUAAAAUUACUAUAACCUUUUUUAUAUAAAUAGCAAAUGCAACAAAUACAGUACGUACAGUUCUCCUUCACAACCAAAAUAAACCCAAUAAAGCCAGCAAAUACUAACUGGACCACAUUCAAGCAAAGCAAAGUGUACUUUUCCCGUCGUUAUAAUAGCAAAGACGCACUGACAUGCCCUAAAUUAAGCUGCACGGUGCACGGAUCAUGGCUCAGCUAUAGAUCACUAAAAUAGGGCCCUAAAUGUCCAUAACGAGAUAUGUUAUUGUCUAAUGAAAGACUUGGUUACAAGUUUAUUUCUAUUUAUUUAAUUUUCUUUAUUAAAAUAAGUACUUACCAUACUCUUUCCUAACCAAAAUAAACCCAAUAAAUCCAGCAAAACAACAUCAGGAAAUACUUUCUGGACCACAUCCUCUGUCAGACCAAACACUAGACAUUUUUAAAAUGAAUUUUAUUGACAAGAAAUAGGGAAAGGAAGCUUUAGGGAUGAGCAUAAGCUGAAAUAACAAACAAAA